AAUGUUAUUAAAAGUUAAAUUCUUAAUAUUUUAACUCAGAAAACAAGAUUUUGAAAACAUGUUUCCCUUAAAUUCUUAGAAUUAUUAUAUUAUUUUAUUUUCAUAGAUUUUCACAAUAUACAAAAAAAAAUUAUAUUUUUUUCCAAAUUUAGCAUAUCUCUCUAACUUAUAAAAUCAACAAACUCUAUAGAAAUUUAAAUCUCGCUAACCCACCCUAAAUUAAUCAUUUGGUUGGACUUAAAAGUCAAUCUGCAUUCAAAAAAGUUAAAUGGUAAAACCACCUUCACAAACAAAAAAGCCAUAUGAACGGUCCAGAUCGCAACUGGCUUUUGUGAAAAAAGCAAAAAAAAAAACAAAGUUGCGAUCUCAACCGUUCAUCUGAUUAUAAUCUGACAGUUUAUAGAGAUCAAGGUUUCUUUUAAAUAAGGCCGCGUUGAUGGUUUCUUUCAGAGGUGUCGAACAAAGAAAGAAGUAGGUCUCGGAGACAGAAGCUAGAGAGAGCGACAGAGAAAAAAAACUCAAAGAAGAGAUGUUUUUCCACAUAGUAUUGGAGCGAAACAUGCAAUUACACCCACGUUUCUUUGGUCGCAACCUUCGUGAAAACCUCGUCUCUAAGCUCAUGAAAGACGUCGAGGGCACUUGCAGUGGGAGGCAUGGGUUUGUAGUGGCGAUCACUGGAAUAGAGAGCGUAGGCAAUGGAUUGGUCCGUAAUGGGACUGCUUUCGUCACCUUCCCCGUUAAAUACCAGUGCGUCGUUUUCAGACCUUUCAAAGGCCAGAUCUUCGAAGCCGUUGUAACUCUCGUCAAUAAGAUGGGAUUCUUCGCUGAAGCUGGGCCUGUUCAGAUAUUUGUGUCCAAGCACUUGAUACCAGAUGAUAUGGAGUUUCAGGCUGGAGACAUGCCUAAUUAUACAACAUCUGAUGGAUCAGUUAAAAUCCAGAAAGAAUGUGAAGUGAGACUAAAGAUUAUUGGCACCAGAGUCGAUGCCACUGAAAUCUUCUGUGUGGGAACCAUCAAAGACGAUUUUUUGGGAGUCAUAAACGAUCCUGCAGCAGCCGCAUAGGCAAAGUCUCAGGCCGGCUUCGAUUCUUGUCUUCCUUCUUUUACAGAAGAUGUCAUGUGACUAAGUUGUAUAAUAGUCCCAUGGAUGUUUAUCCUGAAUCAUUGGAACUUGAUCGUAACCAAUACUUGUCGGAUGUAACUUCAUUCGAGUUUGGUGAACUUUGUUCAUGUUGUUGCAAACUGUUGUUCUUAUUGUUUAUAUUGGAAACAAUAUUUGGCUCUAAAAAGAGUACGAGGAAUAAGAAGAAAAUCAGUGAAUGAAAGAAAAAAAAAAGAAGAGGAAAAUCUAUUUUUCUCCUAAUUUGAUAAAGAAUAAUUGUAGUUUUUUUUCCUUAAAAAUUAAAGAAUGUUAAAGAAUCAUAAUUGAUAAAUAUUCCUUGUAAAUAGUGUAAAUUGUAAAGAACGGUAAGUAAUCAACUAUUCCAAUUCAUUUCUUUGAUCACCAUUUAGAACCAAAUAGUAAUUGUGUAUAGUAGUUGAGAAGAGUUAUUUUUGGGUUCACCCCUAGGUUUACCAACCACUAGAAUUUCGUUAUUUCAUAUUCGAUAUAUUUUAGAAAAGAAAAUAAAAUAUUAUUAUGUUAUAUUAUGUUUUUAAAAUAAAAAAAAAUAAAAAAAUAAUAGUAGUUAGUUAGUUACAAAAAAGAA